AUGUCCGAGAAGCAGGGCUUUUUUAAGAGCCUCAGCGGUCGCUUGUCCAUGAUGAAAUCCUCCAACCCGUUCACUACCAGCCGGGGUCAGGCGGGAGUCCCAGAUGCGCCGCCCCCGGCAUACUCGGCCCAACCCCCAGCCCAGCCCGCCGGCGCUGCUCCCGCCGGCGCCUCCCUGACGCCCUACCGCCAGCAGCGGACCGGCUCCGGCUUCGAGCUGAGCGGCGACGACCUGUCGUCAAGCAGCGACCCCUACGCCUUCCUGUCCCGGUUCGACACUGUCUUCCUCAUCGACGACUCGAGUUCCAUGACCACGGGCACGCGCUGGGAGGAGGUCAAGACGGUGCUGUACCAGAUCGUCCCCGUGUGCGCGCAGCAUGACGAGGACGGCAUCGACAUGCUCUUCCUCAACAACGCCUCCCAUUUCAACGGCGUCAAGAACGCGUCCGCCGUCGGCCAGGUCUUCGACGCGGUCUUCCCCUCGGGUAUGACGCCCACGGGCAAGCGCAUCGGCGAGAUCCUAGUGCCCUACGUCGACGACUUCUCCAUCAGGGCCGCGCAAAGGGGCGCCGGGAGGACGGGCAUGAAGCCGCUGAACCUCAUCGUCAUCACCGACGGCGCGCCCACGGACCGCGCUGGCUUUAGGGUGCACGAGGUCCUGCACCGCGUCGCCCGCCAGCUCGACUUGGCCGGCGCCCCGCUCUACCAGGUCGGCGUGCAGUUCUUCCAGGUUGGCGACGACGCCGUCGCCCGCCGCGCCCUCGAGGAUCUCGACGAUAACCUCGGCGGCCUCGUCGCAGACGGCCAGCUGCGCGACAUUGUAGACACGUGCACCUUUGACGCCACCGAUGGCAACGUGUCGGUGCUAACGUCCGAGGCCGUGCUCAAUGCCGUGUUUGGUUUUUCAACCGGUUGA